AUGAGCUUCAAGUUCAACUUUGAUGUCGACGAAAUUGACGACGAUUUACCCGAAAUCUGUACAAUGUCGCAUGAAGAGAACAGAGAGACCAACGACGGAAAGUCGUCUCAAAAGCAGCUGAAAGAAAUAUCUAUUCAAUACCUCUUCAGCUGGACUCAUUACCGUCUCAAAUUUCUUGCUCGCCCAUUCAAGUACCUCUCUCAUCUGGCGAAAUACGUUUUAUCGCGCGAAGAGAUCUCUUUGACGCGAGGUUCCAGCUGA